AUGCUGUCUUCCGUUCUGCGCGUGCGCGCCCAACGCGUGGCAACGUCGAGCCGCCUACUGGCCGCUGCCCGCCUGCCACCCGCGUGCGCGGCUCGCCACCUGAGCUCGGCGCCCAAGGAGCUGUCCCCGUACCAGAAGCUGCAGAAGUGGCUGCAGCCGUUCGUGGCCGGGUCCAAGGGCCUGUACCACGAGAACAAGGAGGCCUGGGCGCUGCGCCGCCGCGUCAAGGAGUCCGGCGGCCAGGCCAACCUCUCGCGCCGCGAGAUGCUGCUGCUGCGUCAGGCGCACCGCGACCUGCUCAAGUCGCUGCCCAUCCUGGCCUUCUUCUGCGUGCCCCUGCUGGGCUACGCGGCGCCGCUGCUCGGCUACCAGUUCCCGAAGCAGCUGCUGCCCUGGCAGUUCUGGAGGCCCGACCAGAAGACCCAGUUCUUCCGCGAGGACGUGCUGGCCCGGGCCAAGACGUACCCGGAGCUGGCCCAACUGCUGCAGCAGAUCGACCACAAGGACGGCGCGCUCAAGGAGAUGCUGGCGCUGGCCAAGGCGGCCGGCAGCGGUGGCCUGCGGCCCACGCAGGUGGCCGAGCUGGCGCCCUUCUUCGAGGGCCCGGCUGCACUCCCCGCGCUCUCGAGCAAGCACAUCCACGUGCUGGCCGAAGGCUCGGCCCUGUUCCCGAGCUUCGCGGUGCUGAACAAGUUUCUGAUGCAGUCGCAGCUGGAGAAGAGGCUCCAGCGGAGAAUGGAGGAGCUGAGGGUGGACGACCAGCUACUGUUGAAGGAAGGCGUGGAUGAUCUUUCGCUCAGUGAACUGGAGUUCGCGUGUCAGGAGCGCGGAAUUGUGACUCAGUACGGAGAGAUCGAGGAGCUGCGCGUAGCGCUGAAGGAGUGGCUGAGCAUGUAUGACACAGACCACUUCGACCCGGACACGAAUCCGCAGCAACUACCCCUAUCGCUGCUGCUUCAUGCACCGGCACUGUCUGAUUUCGCCAAGCCGGAGGACGAUGAAGAAGUGGACACGACGGUCUAA